AUGGUGAUGUCGUCCCAAAUAACCAGUACAAUCAAACGGAAGGCCAAGAAAUUGAGUUACUGCCAAACUCCUCAGGAGAAUGUAGAACUUGAAGUAGUAGGAGAAGAAAUUCAGAAAAAUUUAGGUGAUUGUGUGCACAAAAAUAUUUUAAAUAAUUCCGAACAAAGCAACUUGAUAGAACUUUCAUGUACUGCAAGCGUCGAUUUAUAUAGUUGUCAAUUUCCUCAGGCAAAUGUGAUAUCUAAAACAAAUCAACAGCUGCAGAGCCAUUUAGAUCAAUACUCACAAGAAGUUGAUACUGAAGUAGCAAUUGCCGUACAGGACGAAACAGUAAACCUACCAAAUUUAAUGCAAAUGGACCAAGAACCAUCUUCUUCAUCCGCUGUUCCUAGUGAUCAACCAAACACGAAAAAAUACGAUCAUGUAUUGGAUUUUGACAACGAUGAUGAUAUAGCUGAUCCUACAUACUACGACGAUAGGAAUAGCGAUGACAGUAACAGCAGCGAAUCAACCGAAGCUGACAAAGAAACUGGAGAUAAAGAGGAUAGUGUUAAAGGGAGGAAAAGAAAGAAAAAUCCUAAAGCGUGGAAAAGAAAUAUAUCUAGAGCCAAGAGACAUUCAGGAAUGGAAUAUAAAACUGCGAAAAAAACAAUUAAAACAAAAGCUGUUAAAUCUCCAUGUACUGAUGUAUGCAAACUUAAAUGCAAAGAUAGGGUUUCUGAAGAUAAACGGAAUAUUAUACAUUUGGAAUUUUGGAACGAGCGAAAAUCCCUAGAAAUUAGACGGCAAUUUAUUGCGUCCCAAGUAGAACAAGUACCAAUUAACAGAUUACGAGAAAGAACAGGCGAAAGAUAUGGACAGAGAAAGCAAAUGAACAAAUACCAUUUUGAAGAAGACGGAAUAGUAACGCCCGAUAAAAGAGGAAAACAUGAACCAGCAAAUAAAAUAUCCGAAGAGGUUCGGAAUAGUGUAAGAUCUCACAUCUCGAAGUUUCGAGCAUAUGAAUCGCACUACAGCCGAGAAAAGACAAACAGAAAGUAUUUGGGUUCUCAUUUAAAUAUAUCUCGUAUGUAUCACUUAUAUUUAGAAGAGUGUCAAAUAAAUGAGGUUCCAAAAGAAAAUAUGGCAAAAGAAUGGCUAUAUGCCGAAAUUUUUAAUUAUGAAUAUAACUACGCUUUUAAAAGUCCCGACACCGAUACCUGCGAUAAAUGUGACAGCUUCAAGUUGCAACUACAAGAAGCAACUCAAGAAAGUAGACAGACUCUUCAAGAAACGUAUGAUAAACAUUUAAGUGAUGCCAACAACAGAUAUAAACUAAAGUCCGAAGAUAAGAACAGGGCUAGACUUAAUCAUAAUUUGGAAAAAGUUGUAAUGAUAGAUCUCCAAAAGUUCCUUCCCACGCCAGAUCUUCAAAAUUCACAAAGCUUUUAUUCACUUAAGCUCUGGACGUACAAUUUAACAAUUAAUGAUUCAACUUCACAAAGCUCAUUUUGUAUGAUGUGGGAUGAGACCGUAAGUGGUCGCGGGGGAAAUGAAGUAGCUUCUUGCAUAAUUAAGUGGGUAGAGUCUGAAGUGGGAGAUAUCCAAGAACUCACUUUUUGGUCAGAUAAUUGCCCAAGUCAGAAUCGAAAUAUUAUGUUGGUCAUGUGUUAUUUUUGGAUAAUGAAAAUUAAACCUGAGAUCCAGGUUAUAAAUCAUAAAUUUCUCGCUAGGGGUCACACCCACCUUGAGGCGGACUCUGAUCACGCUUUAAUUGAACGCGAAAGAAAAAAAAAAUACCCCGAUUUCAGAUCAUGA